ACAUGUAGAAAUUGCGUAGUAGCCGUAGAUUUUGCUUGCCUAGAAACUCUUCUAGUCUUAUAGUUCCUCAGAAAUGAACUGAGUUGAGUAGAGGGGGAAGAAAGGUAACUAAAUAAAUAUUUUUUAACACCAAAAAAAAAUUCUCUCUCUCUCUCUCUCUCUCUCUCUCUCUCUCUAGUUUGGACCCUUCUCUCGCCAAAAGUCCAACUAUAUCCUCUCUCUUUGUCCCCUCACUUCUUCUGCAACUUGACAAGGUAUGGUAAGGAGCAUGAUGUUCUGUGUCUGAGGCAAUAAUAAGCUUUAUUCCAAAAAAGGAGCAACAAUCUGAGAUUUAUUAUAAUAAUUGUUGAAUUUUCCCACACAACAAUAAUGCCAGUUCCACUUGCCCCAUAUCCAACUCCUCCAGCUCCAUAUACACCACCACCUUCAAAUGCAGGUGCUCAGAGCCAGCUUGUGUGCUCUGGAUGUAGGAACCUUUUGCUCUAUCCGGUUGGAGCUACCUCUGUAUGCUGCGCUGUUUGCAAUGCCGUCACAGCAGUACCACCACCAGGCACAGAAAUGGCCCAGCUGGUUUGUGGAGGCUGCCACACCUUACUAAUGUACAUCCGCGGCGCAACAAGCGUGCAGUGUUCUUGUUGUCACACCGUCAAUCUUGCUUUGGAAGCAAAUCAGGUGGCUCAUGUCAAUUGCGGGAACUGCAGGAUGCUGCUGAUGUACCAAUACGGAGCAAGAUCCGUGAAAUGCGCAGUUUGUAAUUUCGUGACUUCAGUUGGGGUCCCAACAAGCACAACUGAACAGAAAUUCAGCACUUAAAUUAUGAAACACUUAAAGAUAAAAGCUGGUUUAUCAGAAGUUUCUAGUACAGCUUGGAGUUUUGCACAUCACAGGAGUAUCUACCAACAAUGAUUUGCAGAACAAGUGAUUCCAUAUCAAUGUAUAGAGUUAUUUUUCCCUCUUGCGUGACCCUUCCGAGUUCCAAUGAAUAAGUAGCUUUUGCUUGCCAGGUCGGUGUAUAAGAAGUAUUUUUCUAUGAGAAAGACUUCAGAUUGUGAGUGUUCUUGAAAAUCUUCGGAUAACCAAUUUCUCCUACUUUUGACAUUUGUGGUGUAUGAACGAGCAAAAAUUUUCGCAGGAAAGACUUUAUGAUUCAA